AUGGCCGAGUAUUGGUUGGAGGAAACUGAGAGGAUGAUAAAUGAUUUAGACUGUACUCUCGAGCAAAAAAUUAAGGGUGCAGUCUCUUUACUUCAUGACGAGGCAUAUCAAUGGUGGUUAAUGGUUGAGGAGGGUGAUAGAUCUAUAGUCGAGUAUGAGGCUGAGUUUCUGAGGCUGAGCCGCUACGCUCGAGGCAUGAUGGCUUCUGAGUAUGAGAGGUGUGUUCAGUUUGAAGAUGGCUUGAGGGAUAACUUGAGGGUACUGAUUGCUCCACAGAGGGAGCGGGAGUUUGUAGUUCUCAUUGAGAAGGGGAAUAUCACAGGGGAUGUUAAGCGCGUAGAGCACCAUAAUAGGGACCGAAAGAGGGGGAAUAAUAAAAGGGAUUCGAAGCCCUAUAGUUCUGUUUAA